AUGGGAUGGGUAAUGAAUGAGGUUCUACGGUUAUACUCACCGGCACCAAACGUACAACGGCAAGCAAGAGAAGACAUCCGAGUGGACGGGGCGGUGAUCCCCAGUGGCACAAACAUGUGGAUCGACCUCGUUUCAAUGAACCACGACCGAUCACUUUGGGGCGACGACGUUUAUGAGUUCAAGCCAGAGAGGUUCAAGGAUGACUCGUUGUAUGGAGGAUGCAAGCACAAGAUGGGGUUUUUGCCUUUUGGGUUUGGAGGGAGAAUGUGUGUGGGAAGAAACUUGAGCAUGUUGGAGUACAAGAUUGUUUUAACUCUUAUUCUCACAAGGUUUUCGUUUUCCCUGUCGCCAAACUACUGCCAUUCUCCCUCUAUCAUGUUGUCUCUCAGGCCUACCCAAGGCCUGCCUCUUAUAUUUCAACAACUUUAG